CAUUGUUUCACUUUCACUUGUGGUUGUGUGACGUACAUUUCCAAGGAGAGUCUUUUAUUUUUGUAUUGAAGUUGUAGGUAUCACCCGUCAUAGUUUUUUACUUUACGUAUGUAAAUUACUAAUCUUGUCUUGCUAGUGGCAGUUUGUGGCCGAGUGCAUAUUAAUUAAUAAACCGUGGCUGGAAAAUAUAAAGUCAAUGACAAUGUCAAUGAACAAGUAGCUACAGUGUGGGAAUAUUUUAUAAUAAAUUUGUUCUUACUGCCGACCAAAUGGCAAAAGAAUUCACAGCAAAUGAGAAAGCAACUGAAAAUAAACCUGAAAGUGAAAGCGGUGAAAGGUAUGUUGGUACAUCUUUGACUUUUGCUGAUUAUUAAAUGUAAUAAUCGGAGCAAUAAGCAAUAUACUGGUAUGUAUGCUAAAGUCAAGAAUGCUCAAUAAUCAAUAUCAUAUAGAUAGAGCAGAUAGUGUAGUUUAGUUGAUUUUAUAUGUUAUAAAUAUAUAAACACAUGUUGGGAGUUCAGAUAUUUUCUGCAUUCAAAGCAGAAUAUAUAUAUAUAUAUAUUGUAUCUGCUUUUUUGUAUCAUGGAUGUCAUGCAAGUGUAUUCAUCAACUAUUUAUUUAUCGACUCCGCUGUUAUUGAACUAUCAUCCUUAGUAUCUACAUUGAUAGAUUUUUAUAUAUCAUCCUUAGCAUUUUUGUAUACCUUUUACUUUAUUAAUUUAUCAUUCAUAACAAUAUAUUCACUAUUGAUAACAAUACAUUCACCAUAUAUAUAUAUAUAUAUAUAUAUAUAUAUAUAUAUAUAUAUAUAUAUAUAUAUAUAUAUAUAUAUAUAUAUAUAUAUAUAUAUAUAUAUAUAUAUACGACAAGAUUACAAGAAUGCCAUUGAACCUAAUACGCAUGAUCUCGGCAUGUCACAGAUGUGACAAUUGUGCCCCAAGCUCACUACCAGCAACUGCGGACAGCUGUUUCGCCCUUUUGGGGCUCGUCAGCGCAGUGUAGCUGAUAGUGAAUUUUUCAUUCGAAAAGUAUUGCCUAUUAGGCCUUUGCGCUGAUUUAAAUCUGUGACAUGCAGAGAUCAUGUGUAUUAGGUUCAAUGGCAUUCUUGUCGUAUAUAUAAUUUAUGUGUCCCACAUCCAUUAUAUUAGCCUAGACCUAGGCCUUCUAUUUUUAUUGAUAUUUUUUUAAUAUUCAGCGCUUUUUCACAUGAAAAGACUGGGACUAGGUGAUUUGGGGGCGGGGCGGAGGAAGGAUACAAGCCUGAUGCAAGCGAAAAAAUAGAAGGCCUAGUGGAUUUCCCAACAACAAGGCCAAAACUGCCCUGAAACUGCCCUGAUUGCAAAAUGCCCAAUUGUUGCGUUCUCAAACAGAAUUAUUUGCGACUUAACAGCGAAUUUAAACCGAUACAGGUAAAAUAAACUCAUUUAUAGUAUAACUUACUAUUUUUAUUUGUAUACACGUCUAGAAAAUCGGAGUUUUUAUCAUAAAGGGCCAUUGCAUUUUUUAUCUGCACCCCCCCUAUUGAGGACAUGUGGAAUUUCCAAUGGCCCCCUGCAAAAGUGAACCAAAAAUGAAGGAAUUUCCAUGGGAGGGUCCAAAUUUUAAAGCAAAUCUGCAGAAAUUCCAAAAGGUAGGUAAGAAAAAUGAGUAAAACGUAUGGAAUUUCCAUGGGAGGGUCAACAAUGGAAAAGAAAUUCCAAAGGAUAGGAUCAAAAUCAGCAAGGAAUUUUCCAAGGGAUAGCUACUAAUCAAAGAAUCAAUGUGGAAUUUCUACUGGCUAGAUAAAAAACUGUCAAGGAAUUUCCAUGGGAUGGGUUAAAAGUUCAUAAAAAAAUUGCGGAAAUUCCAUGGGGAUGGCUAAAAUUCAAUAAAAAUCUGCGGAAAUUCCACGGGGGAGGCAAAAAAUUUGCUUAAAAAAUGUGGAAAUUCCAGGGGAGGGGGGUCCAAAGAAUGGAUGUCCUCAAAAUGUUUAAAAAUGCAAUGGCCCAAAGUUUGAAGCAACACUAUUAUUAUGUUGACAAGGUGAAGCGAAAGCACAAAAUAAUAAUUCUUUUAUUCGCAAGACAAUCUACUGUUUUGCUUUGAAUAACUAUAUUUGCGAAUUGGGAAUGAGGAUUUUGAAAUUAUUGUUCAAAUAUUACGGAUAUACCAUUUGUAAACAAUGUACGUUUUUAUAUACAGUACUGUACGGGCUAAUAAUAUAUGUAUCCGUUUUAUUUAAUAAAUUAUAAUUGUAUAUGUGUUUGUAUAUUUUACAAACACAAGACUGCUUCUUGCCAAAAUUGAGAAAAUAUAUAUUAAUAUAUGUAGUUGUGUAUAAGACAAAAUUUCAUGAAAGAUUCUACUUUUGGUAUAUAUUUUGACUCAUUUUGUGCUUUCGCUACACCUUGUCAAGUAAAUGUCAACAUAUUAAAUAAUAGUGUUGCUUCGAACUUUAUGAUAAAAACCCCGAUUUUCUAGACGUGUAUACAAAUAAAAAUAGUAAGUUUAUACUAUAAAUGACUUUAUUUUACCUGUAUCGGUUUAAAUUUGCCGUUAAGUUGCAAGUAAUUCUGUUUGAGAACGCAAUAAUUGGGCAUUUCGCAACCAGGGCAGUUUCAGGGCAGUUUUGGCCAUGUUGUUGGGAAAUCAACUAGGCCUUCUAGGCUUGGUUCCUCCGCCCCGCCCCCAAAUCACCUAGUCCCAGUCUUUUCAUGUGAAAAAGCGCUGAAUAUGAAGAAAUAUAAAUAAGACUAGAAGGCCUAGGUCUAGGCUGCCAUUAUAUAUAUUCACUCAGUAAUAUGAAAAGGAGAAAAUGUUCUCAAGUGAGAUGGAAAAUUUUGAAAAUAUCUCACUGGAGAAUAUUUCUCCUCCAUAUAUAUUACAUAUACUUAACAAUUUAAAUUAACAUAUAUACUGGGGGACCAUUUGGCCCUGCGACCCCUUCCUCCAAGCAAUCUCGCCCAGUGGGAAAGCGGAGUUCAGAAAAUAUGAAAAUUUCUGACUGUGACUUUGUCUUUGAUUCCUGGUCUAAAUUUUCCAUAUUGCUAACAGCCUAAUAUUUAUAAACUGUAACAUAUAUUUUGGGAAAGCUCUAUCUUUGGGAAAGCUAUAUCUUUGGGAAAGCUAUAUCUUUGGGAAAGCUCUUUAAUAGCAGCUGUAUUAUGCCUAUAAAAUCAACAAAACUGAAGUAUAAAAUGCUAUGGAUAGCAGUGCUGUAGGAAGCUCUUUUUGAUUGAAGGCUGAAAGUGAGGACCAAAGGCUUGAGGAAAUUUUUAAAUUUAGAGUAUCUGAAAUGCCAUUUCCUGGACUUUGGGGGAAGAUUUGACCGAAUUCUGAUGUCGAAAUUUACAAUUUAGUAGUACUAAAUGGGCGAAGGCGUAUUUAAUUAACUAUAUAUUGGAUAAGUUGCAGGAAAGUAUGGGUAAUAUUUUCAAUCUUUGCAGUUUGUUAUGUAUAAUGUAGCUGCUUAAAAUUAAUCAAUUGUCAGUGUUUUAAAGGUAUAUUAGUUAAAUGAUAAAGGUCUGCAUGAUUUUGAAAAAGAAUGAUUAUUAGUAAAUUAUUGGGGGGGGGGGGGGCUGCAGCCCCCAGCUCCCGUGGUUGCUACGGCCCUGGAUAGAGUUUAAAUUACAAACGAUUAAGUAUAGAUUACAAAAAUCAUUAUUGUGUUAAAUAAUGACUGAAAAUGAGAUGCAAUUCUAAAGAACAUUCUCGUUUACUGAUAUUUUUGUGUGUAUUUUUGACGUUGUUAAGAUCAUGCAAAGUGCAAAAAAUAUAGGGGUGCUCAAAGUCAACAUGAAAUUUUAACAGGGGGGGUCAGCCCCCCUGAGCCCCCCUCCACUACACCACUGGGUGUAUCUAUGGGUUUGCUAAACAAGACACUCUGGUUAACCCUAACAGUUUGCUUAACUCGAACUCCUCGCUGACUUGAACAAAUUUCAUUUUCCCUUGGGCUAAUUUACCCAGUUAACUCAAACUGUAUUUUUGAGACAUGCAUCAGCAAUUAAACCUCAGAAUAUUAGAACAUAACACAUUGACAAGUUGGACAUUCAGACAACCAUAAUUGAAUUGAUAUAUAAUAGGCUGUGGGCCGUUGUGCAAAAAAGUGCUUGGAAAAGCAAUUUCGUGGCAACCCCCUGGGGAAUAGAUUUUCUGUGGUUCAAUGCACAGUACCAUAGAUGCCCAAUUACCACAAAAAGUUCCCAAGCAAAAAACUUGCCAAACACCGAGAAAAUGGGUGAUCAGUGAUUAUCCUCUAUUAAAUUGUAUUACUGGUCCAGUACUAAUUACUAUUACUACUAUUACUUAUUACUAGCAUCAUCGGAAAACUUGAUAUAUGGAUAUAUGAAUUUAAACAGUUUUUUAUAUCUCAAAUUGUUUUCAAGUUAUAAGCUGUCAAAAACGCGUUUUUGACCUAGUACCCAGUCCUUAUUGUGACAUUUUGGUCCAAUUUUCACAUUUAAAACAGCAAUAACUCAAAGACUUGAAGGAUCAAAAUUCAAAAAACUGUUUGAAUGUCUUAUAUGUGGUUUUUUGUAAGCUUUCUGACGAUGCAAAUCAUUUUUGUUCUAAUUGAAUACAAAAUUUCACAUUUUCUUGCUAUAAUACAAUUUAAUAGGGGAUAAUCACUGAUCACCCAUUCUCUCGGUGUUUGGCAAGUUUUUUGCUUGGGAACUUUUUGUGGUAGUCGAGUAUUCAUGGUACUACGCAUUGAAUCACAGAAAAUCUAUUCCCCAAGGGGUUGCCACGAAGUGAAAUAAUUUUGGCCAACAGCCCACAGCCUAUAAUAUACACAAACAAGUCCAUAAAGCGACAAAUGGUUCAACAAGUUGUGCCCAAUCAUUACUGAUCUAGCUUAUAGGUACUGUUGAUAGGUACUGUCAGUGUAACUUAGUUACUUAGGUAAACAAAAUCUAACACCCAUGCAAUGCAUGUUGCCAAGGUGUGGCAAAGAUGUUGUCAAGGUACAGGUACUGCGAUUGUAAACGUGACAGCUUUAUACAAUCUGACCAAUCACAAGAAUUGAAAUACAAAAAACAGCCAAGGUUCUUGGCAACAUCUUGGCCACAUCUUCACUACCUCGUAGCUCGCAUAACCUCAAAACUCUUUGUUCAAACAAUUGCAACAAAACUAUGUUUAACUUGAAAUUGCAGAAAGUAUAAAUGUGCUAAUGAAAAACAGACAUUCUCUGACCUAUUAUUAUAAAUACUAAGAACGCUUUGACACCUUUGUAAUAUGAUACAUUAAAUUACAUACAUGUAGAAAGCUCUUUUACAAUUACUAUUAGUUAUAUCGAGUAGAAGUGCCCCAAAUCCUGAUAUUUACCCAUACGUCUUACAUUGCCAUCAUAUUAGUAUAUAUACUGUAUCAUAUUAAUAGUAUAUACAGGGGAUACUGCAUACAUACAUGAACUUGCGGUUAAAGUUGGACAUCUGGCCUCCAUAGCUCAAUUGCUUAGAGCGCGGCACUGGAAUCGGAGGGCCGCAUGUUCGAUUCUUGCCAAAGGGCCUAUAGUUCCAUUUUUCGCAAUUGCUAGGUCUAAUAUUAAUUUCACAGUCGACAUUUCCAUCUACAAAACGCCGACAAUACAUAUUCACAGCAUGCACUAAUAUGUAAUUUAAUAUAUCAUAUUGUUAUAUAGCAAGUGUCAAAGUUCAAAUUUCCUGUUUGCCGAUUGGUCAAAACCGUAUCACGUGCCGGUCCACAAAACGUCAUGUUCACUGCAUGCUUUGACCUCGGGAAAGCAGUGUGUUUCGUGGCCCCUUGACCUCGGUUUCGCCUCUGGCAACAACGGCGGUCUCGGGUCCACAAAACACACUGUUUCCCUCGGUCUCAGUAAAUAAGUGAUAAUUACUAAUCGUUCUUAAGCUUAAUAUUUGCAUGUUUUCACUCUAAACUGGUAAGCUCGAAUUUUAAUAAAUUAUUUGGUCAGAGAACGUCAGUUUGCCUGGUAAUUACAUGAAAUAAAUAUAGUACUUAAAAGUUUUGUUGUAUAUGCGUCACAAAAGGUGUCAUUAAAAAAAAUUAUUUGGAACGUUUUUUGUACUAUUUAAAACACGAGCAGCAGUGUUUUAUUAGCCGACAAAGAUACGAGGCGAAGCUGAGUAUCUUUAGGUCUGAUAAAACACGCACUGCGAAUGUUUUAAAUUGGCGGAAAAAAGUUCAUUGGCUUGGCGAGGUAAUUUUCAAAAAAUACGUUGUGUAAUUCGAGAAAAUCAAAGUUAAAGCCUGUAAAUCAAAGGAAAUCUCUAUCACAUAUUAAAGAUACGACAUGCACGCUUAUGAUUUUUCUUUGUGUUUUCCUCAUGAAUUUGAUUAAAAAAUGAGUUUUUGAAAUAUAAAUAAUGGUAUGAGAAAACAAUUUUCAAACCUUAAUCAACAUUUUUGGGGAAAAAAUAGGGGCCCCGAAUUUAAAAUUUUGCCCUGGGUACCCGAAUUUCUCUGGGGGGCCUGUGUAUAUGCAAUGCCACAGGAUGGCCUAUACCAUAAAUAGUGCACAUUUAUUUGUAUAUUUAUUGAUUAGUUUAUUUAUUUAUUUGCAUAUCUAACAGUUCUGCAUUCCACGAGCUCCUCUCCAAAGGAAGCAACGCUUUUUCCAAAGAUGAUCUAACAACUGCUGAGUUACAUUAUUCAACAGCACUUAAACUGGUAUAUCAAGGAGCAAAAAAGGAAGAAGUGAGAAUAUGCUUUGAAGAACUUGGCAACAUCUACGUGGAAUACGGUAAGAGAAGUAAAUGUGGAGAAGACUUUACAAAAGCAACAGCGUUAUAUAACGCAGCACUAACAAGGCUUACAAGUACUGAAGCCAAGCUUCGACAGCACUUAAUAUCUCGCAUUAAAGAAGCAGAGAGACAUUUUUUAAGUUCGGUUCUCCAAGAGGACUCACCAGUAGACCUUCCCAACUAUGACAACGACAUGAAACACAAAGCUUUAUUAGAGAAGAUUCGUGAUGACUGCAAAGAAGUCAUUGUUCAAGUAGACUUUGAGUGUGACCCAGGGUUAAUGCCACUAAACCCAGAAGAACGUGUGGCACUGGAGAAAAGGCGGACCAACUUGAUAUCAACACUUUUCCGAAAGAUAUCCGAAGACAUGACAAACUUCAUUCGAAUGCUGAUUGAAGAAUGCACGUUAGUGUUAGGCAACGCACCCUGUCGAUUUGCUGUGAUUGGACUUGGCUCUUUGGCUCGAAACGAAAUGACUCCUUAUUCUGACUUGGAGUUUGCUAUUCUACUGGAAGAAGGUGCAAAGACGGAAUCCAACCUGGUAUAUUUCCGCAACAUCACACGCUAUUUGCAUCUGAAGGUUCUCAACUUGGGUGAGACUAUCUUACCGUCAAUGAGCAUCACAUCGUUAAAUGAUUUCUACUCUGGCGAUCCGUCACGUAUGUGGUUCUUUGAUGAUGGCCCGAAAGGAUUUUCCUUCGAUGGGGCAAUGCCGUGGGCCAGCAAGUCUCCUUUUGGUCGUAAGAAAUCUCAAACUAAAGAAGCCCUUGAGCUGAUUAAAACACCAGAAGAAAUGGCCGCACUGCAAAGCGAGCAAGUGGCUAUUAAGGAGGGCUACCACUUGGCUGACGUAAUGGCCACUUCGAUGUUCAUCACAGGCGACGAAGAACUUGUGAAAGUGUACAACGUAAAAGUUAAAGAAAGGUUACAAGCUUCAUCAGGUGAAGAUAUGUGGACUAAUGGCUCCAAAAGAGGCUUUGAGUGCUUGAACGAGACAUUUCAAGAUUUUAGCAUCAAUUUAGACUGGCACGAAGCGGGAAAAGUAUUUAAUGUCAAGAAGGAGCUUUACAGAUUUCCUAGUUUGGUUUUGAAUAGCCUUACCUUGUAUUAUAACCUUGAUACACGGAACACUUGGGAUGUUGUUGAAGAAAUGCAAGGGAAGCAGCUGAUCACAGAAGACGAAGCCCACAAUCUGAGUUUUGUAUUAGCUGUUGCAUCGGAACUUCGACUUCGCUCUUACCUUGGGAAAGAUGAACAGAGAGAAAGAAUGACUGGUUUACCAUCAGAAAUUAUGGAACCGGAUCUGGCCGAAUCAGUUACUGCAAAGGCGGGUCCCCGUACCAAGUUGGACAAAGUUUUCCACAUUCCUAAUCCAGAUAUCGUCUUCCGCUUUUUCAUGACCGUUUUGCCUCUUCAAAAAGCUAUAGAAGAGUUCUUGUUUAAGAAAUCACCAAAAGAAGUAAACAUAUUGUCCAACCACAACCUAUAUGAUGGCAGGUAACAGUUAUAUUAAAUUUUUGUAUUGAUUUCCACAAGGUGGGGGUUAUACAGGGUGUAUAAAAAAAAACUGAACAGAUUUGAAAUUGCUCUCAAUUUUGCAAAACAGCCAUUAGUACCCAGUUUUUUAUAUAUAUAUAGCUUCUUUGGCUACAAAUAAUGUAGAAUAAUGAAAACAUUUCUCGAACUCAAAUUUUGUAAACCAGGGGGUGUCUUUUCCAAGAAACUAAAAAUGGAUUGCGCACGAGAUUUAAAAGUUAAUGGGUGAAAAAUGUGUUGAGUGUUUAAUUGCUGCACGAAAUUUCAGGCAAUUUGCUUCAGUUUAAACCCUUUAAUUAACUAUUCACGCAAACUUACAUUUUUCCUAAAAAUUAAUCAGCCUUUUGCAUGCUUAAUUAUGCCUUUGCCUUAUUUUGCAUAUGUCAGCAAUAUGCAAAUUAGGUAAAGGCAUUAAUUAAGCAUGCGAAAGGCUGAUUUUUUAGGGAAAAAAUGAAUAGUUAAAAAGGGCUUAAGCUAAAGCAAAUUGUCUCAAAUUUUGUACAGUAAUUAAAAACCCAACACACUUUCCAUCCGUUAACUCAAAAUACGAUUAAAGCUUUUAAAUUUCGUGCGCAAGCCAUUUUUAGUUUGUUGGAAAAGAAACACCUCCCUGAUUUACACAAUUUGAGUUCGAGUAUUUUUUUUCAUUAUUCUACAUUAUGGGUACUCAAGGAAUCUAUAUGUAACAAAAACUUGAUACCACUAGCUGUUUUGCGAAAUUGAGAGCAAUUUCUUGCGAAAUUGAGAGCAAUUUCAAAUCUGUUCAGUUUUUUUUAUACACCCUGUAUAUAUUCAUAUAUGUGAUGAUGUGAUAUUGCAUGUUCACUCCGUAAUAUGAUAGGAUGAAAUGUUCUCGAGUGAAUGAUUCCAAACCGCGCAAGGAGAACAUCCUGCCGCAACUGGGUUUCGAAUCCGUGACCUUCGAAGUUCGAAAUGCUAGCUCGACGCUCUACCAACUACGCUACACGGUCAGGUCCGAUGCAGACUGGAAAUUAUGACAACAAUGCUAGGCCAUAUACUGAACACUUUCGAUGUAGGGCUAUUUGGUUCACUAAGCUAAUGUUCAAUCUAAGGCUCCAAAUAAGCAAUAUCCAUCAUACCUUACGUGCUCAAUCCUUCCUUCCUCCCUCCUUUCUUCCUUUUUAAAAUUUUUUUCUCAUUAAUUUCUUUUCCUUUUUCCUAUCCUUCCCUUUUAUUUUUGUCUGCCUAUGUAUGACCAUAUCUAUCUACAUUUAUCUACUGCACUAUGUAGGCCCGAAACAAAGGCAACCAUCCAUAUUCGUCUUUUGGAAUUCGAGAAAGCCAAAUCUUGUCUUGAAAGUGUGGUUUGCCAAGUAGAAGAUGAAUUGGAGAGGGGAAACGUGACCGAAAGCCCAGGCCUGUUUGAAACACUUUCAAUUCUAGGAAACGUCUGUUUAGAAUUAGGUGAAGUUGAACAAGCCGUUGAAUAUCUUGACAAAGCAGCUCAAGUCCUGGAAGUGAAGUACAAUGAUGUCACGACCAACAUGGAAUUCGCCAGGUCAUAUAGUGACCGUGGCAAUGCUUGGUCGUCACUCGGAGAAUACAAGAAAUCGUUGUCGUUCUACCAACAAAGUUUAUCUAUAAAGAUAGCAGUGCAUGGAGAGAGAUCACCAGGCAUCGAUAUUGCGGUUUCUUUUAAUGAGAUAGCUUGUGCUUAUCAGCAAAUGAAAGAUCUCGAGCAGGCUAUAGUUUUUUACGAGAAAUCACUGGAAAUCGUCAAAGAAGUCGAUAAAACACGGGUAACAUCAUACUACUGUGUUGCCCUGAACAAUUUGCUGUCGGCAUAUGCUCAACGCGGAGAUAUUCAGAAAGCCUUGGACAGAUACAACGAGCUAUUUGAAACACUAACGACGCUGUUUGGAACCGGCGUGCUUCAUCCAUAUUUGGCAACGUCGCUCAACAAUUUGGCAAGCGCGCAUCACGACGUGGGGGAAUAUGAGCAGGCAGCGUCACUCUAUGAACAAUCGCUAUCUAUUAGGCAACGGCUGUAUGGUAGAAGUGAGGUACAUCCCGAAAUUGCCACUCUUCUCUAUAACCUCGGACAUUGUUAUUCAGGUGUUUCUGAUCAUGACCGAGCAGUCAAGUAUUUCAGGGAAGCCCUGCAAAUGCGGAAAUUACUCUAUGGGAAACAAAUCUCGCACCCACACAUAGCAACCACGCUUAGCAGUCUUGGAUCGGCGUUACUUGAUCAAAAAGAUCUACCCGGUGCACUGGAAACAUAUGACGAAGCUCUGCAACUUUUGCGAGUAAUCCACAAAGAUAACUUUGCGCACAGAGACCUUUGCGCUGUUCUUAACAAUCUUGGCUUUGUUCACACUGAAUUGAAUAACUUUAAGACGGCGGCGGGUUACUUGGAAGAGGCCCACAUGCAUUGGUCGAAAAUUUGUGUAAACGACAAACCGCAUGAGGAUUUCGCAAGCUGCUUAAACAACUUGGGAAAUGCUUACCGAAACCUGGGGCAUUAUAAAGAGGCAUAUGAAUGCUGUCGCAAAGGUCUGGAAAUGAGAAGGUACAGUAACAAUAAACGCAGUACGAAAUGAACAAGUUUUAGAUUAUAACAAUGGCAAUCAUUUUAGUAGUAGUAAGAAAACAUUGUCUUGCUCUGCCGGGCAUAGUUAACUGAAUGCGUAGUUUUGUCAGUGGCGAAGCCAGCCCGACAAUUUGGUCAUGCUAUGCAAAUAUUUCCGUGUUCAUAGUCCGUGAAAACAAUCAAUUUCUAAAGAAAUGAAUAAUGAUAAUGAUAUGAAAUUUGCAUAGCAUGACCAAAUUGUCGGGCUGGCUUCGCCAUUGAGUUUUGUCCAUUGGCCAUUGCAUAAUUUAUCCGAGUGCCUUGCGUAAUUUACCGAUCGCUUAAUCUAGUACGUGGACGUGAUAAUAAAACUGUCGGGUUUUACUUUUGGAUUUGUUAUCAGUUUAAAUUUGUUUUUCAUCUGUAACCAUGUAUGUUUACAAAAAGAAUCCACAAUUUUUACCCGCGUGUCGCUGACACUGAUUUUAGCGCUUUUUUGUCACGGCGUAGUAGACUUACCACAUUUUAAGCUCCGUACUACUAUUAGGGGAGGACCCUAGGUCACCAGGGGCCAGUUGUUCAAAGCACGAUUAGCGCUAACCCUAGGUUUAAAUUUAACCCAUUGUUUCGGUUUAUGUAUUUUUGCAUGUCUGUUUAUUUCAGAACUGUAGAAAAUUAAACUUCUAAGGAUCCACUCAGACAAGAUUUCUGAAAAAAGAAGUUUCCAAAUUUAUAAACAAACUGCUGGGAAGUUUACUUUGAAUUGUACGUUAACCCAGGAUUAAACUAAUCGGCUUUUUAGCAACCGGCUCCAGAGGGUUAAAUUUCAUAUUUUUGCGGCAUGUUGAACGCACUACCAUUUUUACUUUGCUAUUCUAGGUCAUUAUCCGAAGGCAAAGAUGGCCUAAAAAAUGCACCAUUAGCAAAGUCCUUCAUCGACACGGGACACUGCUGCGUAAGUCUUGGUGACAGCGAAAACGCAUUAUCGUAUUACCAACGUGCUCUGGAGAUGCGCAAAGAGAUGAACUUUGAUGUCGCUGCGGCACAUAGCGAGGUUGCCAGUGGUUACAGUCGUUUAGGACGUCCACUCGAGGCCAUCAAGUGUUACGAGGAAGUCAUUCGUCUUGAUGAAAAGAAAUAUGGGGCUGGAAAUGUCCCUGACUCCACAAUUAGCACAAACCUGUGUAACUUAGGAAGUGAGUAUAUUGUAACCGAAGAAUACGGGAAAGCAGCUGAGAUGCUAGAAAAGGCGUUGGAGAUUUUAAAAAGAAUGCUUGGAAGUGGUGCCUCCGUCGAGCUUGCUUCUACACUGAACAACUUAGGGACAGUGUACAGAAACCUUAAGAAAUCCGAGAAAGCAUUGUCGUAUCUAGAAGAAGCUUUAGCUGUGAAAAAACAGCUGUACGGAAAGGACAGAGCGCAUUUGGAAACUGCUAAAACUUUAACCAACCUUGGCAAUCUUUGCAGUCAGCUAGGACAUUUCCAAAAAGCGAUCGAUUACUUCUCGGAAUCGCUGGACAUGAAAUACGCAUUAUAUGGUGCAAAUGCAAUUCAUCAAAGCAUUGCUGUUACCCUUGGUAACAUGGGCAAUGUUUAUUAUCAGAUGAGUCAAUACGAAAAUGCCGUCGCCUACAUCAAGGAUGCUCUGCAGAGGUUUGGUGAUGCAGAAUCGUGCAAUCGCGAAGUCGCUCUCAACCUGUACAAUCUUGGUCAAGCUUACGAAAGUCUAGCUAACUUGCCAGCCGCGUGCGAGUGCUACGAAAAAUCCCUCCGGAUUAUGGUUCAAGUCUUUGGUGAGUCACAUCCAUUAGUUAGAAGAGUUCUCCUCAGCUUGUUAAGCAUUCGUGGUAUGGCACAACUACAAGCUUCGCAAGCCAACAUUUCUGGAUAGCUUGCAGCAAAUAAUUGACUUAUGUCAGCCUGUCAGGUU